AUGGCCAACAGCUACACGACCCAGAUCGAGAUCUGGAACGAGCCCGACCUCGGCACGACGUUCUGGGGCAGGAGCCAGGACCAGUACCUCGAGAUGUACCUGCGCGGCGUGCGCGCCUUCCGCGCGGCGUUCGGCAAAGGCAGCGCGGCCUACCUGCCCAUUGUCGGGCCGAGCACCGCGGGCCGUCCCGAGUCGACCAACGCGUGGAUCGCAAAGUGGCUCUCGACGCUGCAGUCCAACAAGGAUGCGACGCCCGACAUCUACAACUGGCACCUCGAGGGCAACGACCGCAACGACCCCGUCGUCUCGACGGGCUACCUGCGCGGCCGGCUGUCGGAGCUGGGCCUGAGCGCGGGCAUCGGCUUCCAGAACAACGAGUACGGCGUGCGCAGCCAGCAGAAGCCCGGGUACGGGGCUUGGUUCGCCGCCCGCUUCGAGAAGGUCAAGCACAACGGCAUGCGAGGCAACUGGGCGUCGGGCAACCUGCUGCGCGACAACCUGGCCGACCUGCUACUCAAGGACGGCCAGGGCGCCUACCACACGACGGGCGAGUACCAGGAGUGGAAGACGUACGCGGGCCUCGAGGGUGCCCCAUGCGGCACGACGACCGGCAGCUCGGUCGACUCGUACGCCGUGUCGUCUUCGGGUGCCAGGUCGGCGUCUGCGCUGGUGGGCAAUGCGGGCUUCACGGGCAGCGCCAAUGUGGUGUUUGCCAAGGUGUCGUCGCUGGCCAAGGACGCCAAGCGGUACCAGGCCAAGGUGGAGCGGAUCCCGUACAACGGCGGCAAGGAGGUCACGGGGCUGACUGCGGUGUCGACUUCGACGGUCGACGUGGCCAAUGACCGGAUCAGCGUGCCGAUCGACUAUGCGGAUGCCGAUGACGCCUACCUGGUGACGAUCACGGCUGCCUGA